AAGACAAUUUUGCCUUUCUCAAGCGCUUGGCUUGCGUGUCCUCCCAACAACAACAAGCAAGAAAGACUUUCCCACACCCCCCGCCACAGCGUGCGUCCCCAUUGCUGGCUUGUCCUCCCUCCUUGCCUCACACACUUCCCUCACCUCAACGCCCUCGUCCCGCCCCUCUUCAGCAUGGAGAGCCAAUACGCGGACCUCGAUGGUACCCAGCGCACGUACGAUAAUGUGCAAGGGGCAAAGAAAGGCUCGGCAUACGCUGCUCCAAACGGCAUGGCGCCGGCCGUGUAUGCGCAGAUGGAGGGUGCUUACGAUGCCACAUACGCCCAGGCUGAGGAUGGUUUUGGAUUCGGCAAUAGCGGUGGCGACCGUACGUACAUGACGCCCCGACACGGCGGCAACACCGCCGACCGCACAUACAUGAUGCCUGCCAGGGCGCAAGACGAUGUGUACAUGCAGCCGGAACAAGUGCAGGCGAUUGAGAAGACCAUCAAGCCCAACAUGACACAACGCCUUGCAGAAUCCCUCCUGCAACAAAAUGGCAUGGCUGAUGGGUUGUUCUGCCUUCGCUUCAGCUCCAGCAACCCCGGCUGCUAUGUCCUCAUUGUCGCUGCUGGUGGUGCUGUGAAGAAGUACCCGAUUGACAAGUGCGUGUAUCCGCACGAGGGAAAGCUGACGCUGCUUUGCCCUGGCCAGCGUGAAGUGUUUUCGUCGCUUGGCGAACUCGUCGCACACUACGCACGCGCGAAGCACGGUAUUGCCACACGCUUGACCCGCCGCGUCGACUACCCCUGAUGGCAACGGAGAUUAUUGUGACUGUUGGAUAGUGUCUGUGUGAUGGUGGGUACAUGUGGUGUGACUGUUGAUUGUGGUGGCAGGUGGUGGUGAAUAGUGUGAUGUGAGGUUGGCUGUUGUGGCUGUGGGUUCCUCGACGCAGCCGUGAGCCGUGGCGUCGUGAUGUGAUGAGUGCAGCAGCAGAUUCAUCUUCACCCUCUCCAGUCUGUGGCACGCGCGUGCAUUCCUCUUCCCUUUUCUCCUGCGUUAUUUUUACCGCCACUGUGAACCUCUCCUGCAUAUCAGGCUGAGGUGAAGUGUCUCUUGGUGGUGGCGUUUGUUGUUGUUGUUGUUGUUGUUG